UACCCAAAUGGACGCUCUCCCCUUUUCCACAGAAACAUAGAGAAAUUCGUUCGUUCAUUCAUUCAUUCAUUCAUUCAUUCAAUCAAAUCAUCCUGAAAACGGCUUCGAAUUUGAUCGGCUUCUUUCUUGGCUCUUAAGUUUCUUCACUGAUGGGUUUCGGUUGGAGAAGAAAAUCAAGAACGGCUGCCCGACAGACCGGGCCUGGGAAUGGUCAUCCGAAGGGCGGACCCGAGCUAGAGCUUGUGAUCCCGAACCACUUCCUCUGCCCGAUAUCGCUCGACCUGAUGAGAGAUCCCGUGACCGUGUCGUCCGGGAUCACGUACGAUAGGGAGAGCAUUGAGAAGUGGCUCCAAGGCGGGAACUUUACCUGCCCUGUAACUAACCAGGUCUUGAAGAGCUUUGAUCAGAUUCCGAACCAUGCCCUUCGCAAGAUGAUCCAGGACUGGUCCGUCGAGAACCGCCAGUUCGGGAUCGAGAGGGUCCCUACUCCGAGAGUCCCGGUCACCCCUUUUGAGGUCUCGUGGAUGCUUUCUGGCUUGACGGAAUCGAUCCGGUCGCUUGAUCAGGACCGCUGCUUGGAAUCAGUUCGGAAGAUCAGCAGCUGGGGUGGCGAGAGUGACCGUAACCGGAGCUGCAUUGACGCAAACGGCGCCAAUUCGGUCCUAUCUGCUGCUUUUGAUGCAUUUGCGGAUCAAUCAGUUCAGCGGAGCUCAGCCCUGCAGCUGUUGGAGGAGAUAUUAUCUGCUCUGAGUUGGAUGCUCCCACUCGAUGUUGAAGCUCACAGCUUCCUGGGGUCACCGGCUUCUCUGAGCAGGCUCGUUCUGUUCUCAAAAAGCGGCGAUCUUUCGACUCGUAGAAACGCAGUUUUAGUCCUCGAGGAGCUCUCUUCCGACCCGAAAUAUGCACGGCAACUAGGAGAACUCGAAGGAGCAAUUGAAGCGCUAUAUAAGCUCAUUGAACAGCCUAUUUGCCCAACAGUCACGAAAUCCUCUCUCGGCAUAAUAUCGAACCUUAUCUCGUCGUCUCAUUCAAGCGAGUUAGAGUUUCUCGAGAUAGGCCUGCUGGACACUGUCCUAGAACUCCUGGUAGAUUCCAAGGGAAGCAUCUGCGAGAGGGCUCUGCGGGUCCUCGACGAGCUCUGCGGAUCCGAAGAAGGGAGAGACAAGGCUUAUGACAAUUGCCUAGCGAUACCCGUCCUGGUCAAGAAGCUCCUGAGGGGAACGGCCCUGACCAACAAAUACUCGGUCUCAACCAUAUGGAGGCUGGUGAAGUACGAGAAAUCGGACGAGCAGGGGAAGGCUUUGGUGGAAGCCCUCCAAGUCGGGGCGUUCCAGAAGCUCCUGCUGAUGCUGCAGUGCGGGUGCGAGAGCGAGACGAAGGAGAAGGCGACCGAGCUGCUGAAGCUGAUGAACCCUUACAGGGCUGGGCUCGAAUGCAUCGAAUCGGUCGAUUUCAAGAACAUCAAGAGGUCAUUUUGAAGGGCUAGGGGAAGAAAGGACAUUCUUUACAUUAUUCUUUUGGCUGUAAGUUUUCUGUUAGGAAUUCUAUUGACAGUUUUGAUGUAAAAAAUUGUACAUCAUAACAAUACCAAGUUACCAGCCCAUUUUUCUCAUCAAUAAAGCCUAAUUUUCUUUCGGAUGAA